CUCAUUUUUGUUCAGAGGACUGUCGGCCAGCAGCAGCAACAGCAGCAACAGCAGCACGGACAGAAGUGAGGAGAAAAAGUGUUCCUCCUGAAGAAAACGAGUCCCUGACCUGGAAUAAUUUACAGUGCUUCCGUGUGUUUCGACAGGUUCGCUCCAUCGUUGUGACGAAUACUGGAGGCAAGGAUGGCAAUGCAUAUGUAUGAGGCCGAUGGCACGUCAAAGGUGACGCAGUGGCAAGAUACGAUGUAUGGCCUCGACUCGGGCAUCCAGUCUGGAGCUACUACAGUGAGAGACGACGGCGAUUACAGCUCCUCCAAGCACGUCACCACGACCACCACCACCGUCAUGUCGGAACAGCCCGUGGAUACUCACUUCACCAGAGCCCAGCGUGUGCGUGCUGCGAUGUUCCCAGAGACAGUAGAGUCAGGCACCACCAUCGUGUCCACUCAGAUAGACCCGUCCCAGAUGACCAACGUCCAGCGGCUGGCCGAGCCCUCCCAGAUGCUGAAGAUGGCCAUCAUCCACCUGAUCAACUACCAGGACGACGCCGAGCUGGCAACACGCGCCGUGCCCGAGCUCACCAAGCUGCUCAAUGACGAGGACCAGGUGGUGGUCGGAAAGGCUGCCCAGAUCGUCAACCAGCUGACACGCAAGGAGGCGUCUCGGCGUGCGAUGAUGCAGUCCCCACAGAUGGUGGCAGCGGUGGUGCGGGCGAUGCAGAACACCAGCGACAUGGAGACGGCAAAGGCCACAGCCUCCAUCCUCCACAACCUGUCCCACCAGAGGGAGGGUCUGCUCUCCAUCUUCAAGUCUGGAGGCAUCCCCGCCCUGGUCCGAAUGCUCAGCUCUCCCAUGGAGUCUGUGCUCUUCUACGCCAUCACCACGCUGCACAACCUGCUGCUGCACCAGGAAGGAGCCAAGAUGGCCGUCCGUCUGGCCGACGGCCUGCAGAAGAUGGUUCCCCUGCUGAAGAAGAGCAACCCCAAGUUCCUGGCCAUCACCACGGACUGUCUGCAGCUGCUGUCUUACGGCAACCAGGAGAGCAAGCUGAUCAUUCUGUCCAACGGGGGUCCAGAGGGUCUCGUUCACAUCAUGAGAAACUACAACUAUGAGAAGCUGCUGUGGACCACUAGCCGUGUGCUGAAAGUGCUCUCUGUGUGCCCCAGCAACAAACCCGCCAUUGUAGAGGCUGGUGGGAUGCAGGCUCUGGGGAAUCACCUCCAAGGCUCCAGCCAGCGUCUGAUGCAGAACUGUCUGUGGACGCUCAGGAACCUUUCUGAUGCCGCCACAAAGCAGGUAUGAGUCCACACCCACUUCUACUUUGUU